CUCUAUUCUUAUUGUUAAUAUCAAUAUUUUACAUCAUGUCUGAAUAUCAACAACAGCAAGGCCAGUACGCUUCUACUCCUGUCAUCCAGGAGCCAGUCAACCCUGCCGAAUCCGGAGACAACUACGACUUGGCAAUGCAGUUCGCCAACCGUCUCAACACCGGCUCAGACAGCCCUCGCGGUCAGCAAGACUCUGCCUCCGUUCGUAAGGACUGGGCUCUCUUGCGUGAUCCCGUUCUCCACAGCGAGCGUCUUGAUUCGAUCCGCUCCAAGAAGGGUUAUAUUAUUGAUAUGGAUGGUGUUAUCUACCACGGAACUAAAUUGCUUCCUGGUGCCAAGGAAUUGGUUGAGUUCUUGAUGAAGAACAACAAGAAGUUCCUCUUCUUGACCAACAACUCUGCCCCCACUCCCCGUGAGUUGCAGCAGAAGCUCAGCCGUCUAGGUAUUGAGGUUUCAGAGGAUCACUUUUUCACUGCUGGUCAGGCAACUGCCCUCUUCCUCAAGUCCCAGAUGCCCGAGGGUGGAACCGUCUACGUUAUUGGUGAGCCCGGUCUUUCUUAUGCUCUCUACGACAUGGGUUUCUUCAUGAACGACCACAACCCCGACUACGUUGUCUUGGGUGAAGGUCCUUCGUACGAUUACGGCAAGCUCACCAAGGCCAUCCAGUUGGUCGAAAUGGGCGCCAAGUUGAUCGCCACCAACCUCGAUCUCGAGAACCUUGAUUCCCAGGGUAAGAAGCUCCCAUCCUGCGGUGCCUUUGCUGCCAGCGUUGAGCUUGUCACCAAGACCAAGGCAUUCUUCUGCGGUAAGCCUUCCGCCUUGAUCAUGCGUUAUGCACAGCGCGUGCUCGGUUUGAGCCGUCUGGAGACCUGUAUCAUUGGUGAUCGUAUGGACACCGACAUCAUUGCUGGUAUCACCUCUGAAAUCGAUGCUGUCCUCGUACUCUCGGGUGUCACUGCUAUGGAAGAUCUUCCCUCUUUCGCCUACCGUCCUUUCCUCAUCCUCGGCGGUGUCUAUGAGAUCCCUGAUGAUGAUGACAAGCAUCUUGUCACUGACAGCCAGCACGAAGAGGCUACCCGUCGCGCUUCUUACCUUUAAAGAUCUAUAUACAUAACAAACAAACGAUACUAGAAAGGACAAGAACAUAAUAAUCCCUUAUACUCCUUUUCUUUCUGUCUUUAUAUGGCAAAAGAAGAAAUAAGAGCAACACAGUAAAUAGUCAUCAAAUUAUCUUACUCUUCAUUUCUUUCUUUAAACCAAAACCCACUAUCUAUCCCUAUCACACCAUCCCUACCACCAUCACUAUUAUCCAUGUCUUAAAAUCACCGUUUUGUACAGAAUAAAAAAAAAAUUUAAAAAAUAAAACAAAAUAAUAAAUUGUGACUAGAUAAGAUCUUUGCAUAAUCGG